AAUGGGAUGGGCGACGGGGCGGGCCUUUGGUGAAGGGACGGCGGUGGGAAAGAUGGCGGCGGUUCUGGGACCCUCUGGGUGGUGGCAGCGGUGGCGGCGGCAUUUGCCGGCACGGGAAGGGUCCAGCAUGUUGUUCCUUCUCCUCUUGUUGGGGUCUGGGCAGGGGCCUCGGCGAGUCGGGGCGGGUCAAACGUUCGAGUACUUGAAACGGGAGCACUCGCUGUCGAAGCCUUACCAGGGUGUGGGCACAGGCAGUUCCUCACUGUGGAAUCUGAUGGGCAAUGCUAUGGUGAUGACCCAAUAUAUUCGCCUUACCCCAGAUAUGCAAAGUAAACAGGGUGCCUUGUGGAACCGGGUGCUACAUUGUAUUCCUUGAGAUGUGGCAAGAAGUGAAUGCAGUAUUCCUGGUGUGGCUGCACUGUGAUUUUGUACAAGUCCAUGUUUCCUGAGAGACUGGGAGUUGCAGGUGCACUUCAAAAUCCAUGGACAAGGGAAGAAGAAUCUGCAUGGGGAUGGCUUGGCAAUCUGGUACACAAAGGAUCGGAUGCAGCCAGGGCCUGUAUUUGGAAACAUGGACAAAUUUGUGGGGCUGGGAGUAUUUAUAGACACCUACCCCAAUGAGGAGAAGCAGCAAGAGGCCCAGAAGAGGCGAUAUUCUCCAGGAGUCCAGCGGGUAUUUCCCUACAUCUCAGCCAUGGUGAACAACGGUUCCCUCAGCUAUGAUCAUGAGCGGGAUGGGAGGCCUACAGAGCUGGGGGGUUGUACGGCCAUUGUCCGCAAUCUCCAUUAUGACACCUUCCUUGUGAUUCGCUAUGUCAAGAGGCAUUUGACGAUAAUGAUGGACAUUGAUGGCAAGCAUGAGUGGAGGGACUGCAUUGAGGUGCCCGGGGUCCGCCUGCCCCGUGGCUACUACUUCGGCACCUCCUCCAUCACUGGGGAUCUCUCGGAUAACCAUGAUGUCAUUUCCCUCAAGUUGUUUGAGCUGACAGUGGAGAGAACCCCAGAAGAGGAAAAGAUGCAUCGAGACGUGUUCUUGCCCUCGGUGGACAAUAUGAAGCUGCCUGAAAUGACAACUCCACUGCCGCCCCUGAGUGGCCUGGCCCUCUUCCUCAUCGUCUUUUUCUCUCUGGUGUUUUCUGUAUUUGCCAUUGUCAUUGGCAUCAUACUCUACAACAAAUGGCAGGAACAGAGCCGAAAGCGUUUCUACUGAGUCCUCAUGCUGCCAUCAUCUCUGUUACUGCUGCUCAUGAGGUGUGGGAAGAGCAGGCACUGGCCUGAGCACGCAACCUGGUGAGUCUUCUCCAUUCUCUAGCAGCUGUUCGGGGCUAUGUUCUAUCACUGGAGCCUUGGAUGCGGGGACCUCCACAUUCCCAUGGUUAUCCGUGAAGACAUCCAACUCUGGUCUGGGAAGCCACCCACCCCAGGGCAGUGCUGCUGUGAUGUGCCUUUCCCUGCAGUCUUUCCAUGUGGAAGCAAAGAGGCAUGGAGAAAAGUUAUGCUGUUGUGAUGCCAAAAUCAGAGAACAGAAUUCAUAACCCAGGCUACCUUGGACCCAGAGGGUAAAUCCACCAAGAAUAGAAAACUGGUAACACCUCAUACUUUCCAGUCAUCCAUUCACUGGAUUUUGCUUUUUACCUAAGCCUCUAUCUACCUGAGGAAGCUUUUUUUGGAAAUCAGGAUGGAAACGUCUUCCCUGCCUCACCUUCCUCACCUUCCUCUCCGCUCCAUUUGUUGUCCUAUGUGUGACUUGAGCUGGAAAAGACAUUUGGAUGCCUCUCUGUUAGGGCCUAGGCUACGGAACACGUCUAGGUUCCACUGGUCUUCAUUAGGUAGCCUAGGGAGAAGGCUUCUGCUUUGGCUUACUGUUCCUGCUUCUGUUCUCUAGCUUGGGUCUUAGAUCUGUUGGUGUGUCCAUGGCUCUCCCAGUCAAGUUCCUUCAGGCCCUCGUCAAGUUUGGUUGAAAGUUGGUGUACAAGUCAAGAGAGGCCAAGAAGACAUCACAGAUGCCAUGGGUUAACUGUAAAACUGGCCGGCUCCAGGUUUGACACUGAAAGCAGCAUUUGUCAUGUGGCCUGGCCAUGUGAUAUUUUUGGACUUGCUAGAGCCUUCUUAGCUGCAUGUUUUGUAGUUAUGAUUUUUGGAAUCCCACUCUGAGUGUUGAAAGUGUAAGGAAGCUUUCUUAAAUCCUGGGCUUGGACAUUGCCCAAAGAGGAACUUUGGCUUCUUCUUCUUUUUUUUUUUUAAACGGAUAAGAAACAGUUGCUGUUCUCAUGUUCCAAGUCUGGGUGCAAUAGACCAUCAUCAUUGGUGCCUGGAAGACUUCAUUGACAUUGAGCAGUGCAGCUGAGUGCCGUCUUCUGUGGGUCAACCCUAUUCCACUACUUUUUUGACAAGAGGCUACAUGCUGCUCACCUGUCUGCCGUGUGACUAAGUUGGUUACAGGCCAGCGUCUUUCUGGAGCGCCUGGAACUCUGAGCUCUCCUAUGGACCUCUGCUGUCCAAAGGAAAUUCUUAAAAUGGCUGAUGGAA